AUGAAAAUUAAUCUAGAAAAUUCUUUUAUUUUAUCAGAAGAAACUUAAAAUAAAUUAUAAUCUGUUAUCAAGAUGAAUGUUGCUGCUACGUAUUCCAUUGCAGGAAUCUCAAGCAUAGCUAUUAUUACUGAAAAUACUAUUAUGUUUGUUAGCCUAUCAGAUUUAUUAUAAUCAUUGUCUUAUUUAAGAUAUAUGUAUAGUGAGUUUAUUUGA